AUGGCCUUAUUUGCACAGAAGAACGACACACGACGACAUAUAUUGAAGAACGACACACGACGACAUAUGUAUCUUGCAGAAGAUUAUCAGGAGAAAUCAGAUUUGCUGCACACAAUUGCUGCUUGCACAGGUACUGACACAUCAUCAUAGACAACACAGUUGCUGCUUGUGCAGUUACUGACAUUUAGAUUUACUUGCUGUCGCGUAGAUUUACCUGUGAUUAACAUCAUACAGACACUCGGACACAAUCGUCCAAACAGACCGUCCGAACAGACAUCAGCGCUUGUUUCCCUAGUGACACCAUAACACUCCUUCAACCUCCUUUAUCAACAUGCUGCAAGCAGGAUAAUGGUAUACUUACCAAUAUUCUGUAGGUUUAUCACGAUAUGGGCCCAACACGAUAUCGGUUCAACACGAUGAGGACGAACAAGAUACGACAACAUUUGAAAAAAUGACGCUGCUGCUUGUACAGGUACUAACAAAUAAUCGAUCUCUCUGAUGGGCUGACCAAGAAAACCAGAUGAAAUAUACUUUCAUUGUUGUAAGUUGAAUUCCUUUACAGUACACUAUCAUCCAAGUGCCAGCUUAUCUAUUCCUUUAGUACACUAUCACCAUAGAGUUUUUAUUUUAAUCUGUAUUCUUUCCGCCAUCACAUCUAACCGCAACUACAGGUUCAAAAUAUCGACGGAUACGACAGCGCAAGUUUCCGAUUUUUUUGCAUCAGUCCAGAAAAUAUUUGCAUCAGUCCAGAAAAAGAUCAAGUUUUGAAGAUUGCCGAAUUGUUUAUGCUCAUCCAAUAGCUAGUGGUAAAAAAGUCCUCUCCUGUCUAAUUCGAAACAAACUUAAACUUUCAAAUUGUUGAUUCACUACUAGAGUCCGUUAUGAUUUAUAAUUCUUGAAUGACGAUGUGGUCACUACCCAACAAGCUAAUUAAAGUGGCUGGAAGAACAAUUCGAAUAGUAAAAGUGCCACUAUACUAAAGUGUUUCUGAACAAGAUGUCUAAAAAGUAUUCAUUUUUGAUGAAGUACAUCAAUCUUGUGUUCGAUAUUACAGUUUCCUGAUUACGACUUCUCCAGAGCCAGACGGAUUCCUAUUCUAUUCUAUUCUAUUCUAUUCUAUUACAAGUGAACAAGAUGUGAACAAUAGGCUCAAUAGGGGUUUUGGCUCUUGUUCAGGAGCCACUGACGUAUGCUAGUUUUCCUAGUGGGCCCACACCUAACCUAACCUUCAAUGGCGUUGCUAGUAAACGAUAUUGUUAACGUCCAGAGCAACAAGUUCAACGGCGUUGCUAGUAGGCGAUAUUGGCAUCGUCCAGAGCAACAAGUUCAAUGGCGUUGCUAACAUUGUCAAGAAGGGGCAUGCCUGUCUACUAAUUAGUCACCGUCCAAUAUUUUCACAUGUUAUUGGGGAUCGUGUAGUAGGAUGGUGCCGCGAGAUCGCGACAAUUAGGAUCUCCACUACGGAGUCAAUUCAGGUGUACGGAUUACCGAACAAGACGGAGAAGGAAGACUCAUCAUUGCUUCAAACUACUUGCACUGAUGCGUAUUUAACUCAUCACUGCUUGAAACUACUUGCACUGGUGCUUUUGCUUCUAUAGACAAAAUAUACACAAUGGAAAAGGUAAUUGCAGCAGUAGCUGUGUUUUUGGCUUUAGGACGUAGUUGAUGUGUUUCUGGCUUUUCAAUAGGUUCAACCACGUCUGCCUGUGAUGUCAAGGUUAAACGUCGAUCGAUAAGUGGUACUUGUCUACUGAGUCUGAAUCUGAAUGAGUCGACUCUUGCUCUGUGUCUCUUACAUACUUGUUCGAAAGUACUAUUACUUUUGUGCUGAAUGAGUUGACUCUUGCUCAGUGUCUCUUCUUUGGAAAGUAUUACUCUUGUGCUAAAUGGCGUCAAGAACUUGGACUCUUCUCCUUUCGAAGGUGUUCUGUUUCUGGUUAAUAGCUUUUGCCCAGUCCUCUCCGCAUCUCGGUACCCUCUUCCAAUGGGAUAGAAUGGAAAUAAAGGUGCUGAGAUGAAGGAGACCGAGAGGAAAAAUAGCGCGCCUCAAUCUGAAUCUGAGUAGAAGUCAUCAGUAUACCUGAAGAAGUAGUCAGGGAUGCUCAGCGACUGUGGCUCUUCUAGGAAUGAGGGCUUUGCUCCUAGACUGAGGGCCUCACCACAAGAACUUUCUCAGGGGAAGUCUACUAACCGAGGAGAAGUCUACUAACUUCAAGGUAGCGAUCAUGCGCAGGGCUGAAGCGUGAAUCCCGCUCAAUCUAAACCAAAGGUGAUGCUGUCUUUCUACUCACUCGGAGGUAGCGUCAGCUUCCUGCUCAGUCAGAGGUAGCGUCAGCUUCCUGCUCACUCGGAGGUAACGUCAGCUUCCUAGUGCUCAGUCGAUAGCAGCUUGUUGACUCAGUCGAUAGCAGGUGGUUGACUCAGUCGAUAGCAGCGUGUUGACUCAGUCGAUAGCAGCGUGUUGAUUCAGUCAAUAGCAGCGUGUUGACUCAGUCGAUAGCAGCGUGUUGACUCAGUCUGACAUUGCACACAGAGCACCAACUUCAGGAAGUUACUUUCUUCCAGGUGGAGAGCAAGCACAAAAACUUCCUACUCCGUCAAUCUCGAAACUUCUUGUUCAGUCAUCAACUAUCAUUUUAUUCGGAAACACCACUCACACAAGACUCUUGUCAAAGAGACCAGGUGACCAAAAAAUGACUGUAUGUCCUUCCGAGAAAUCGUACUGUUCCAGAAAACGUCGUUUGCUAAUGUUUCAGUAUUCAAGUCGCAACAUUUGAAUUUAUGAUCUCCCUAUCUACUCUUUUCAACAACAAAUUGUGAACAAAGUGCCUGGGUCUGCCUAAAAAGAAAACUUACUACCUUCAUUCUUCGCAAAAUUACCAUCCUUUCUUAUGUUAUCAUUAUCAUUCAGUAUCAGUAUCAGAAGUACGAAAUUAUAAGUUAUUGUUAUUCUUCAUUUUUGACAACGAGCCACGACUACGAUUCCAAAUAAUAAGUGAAACUAACCAGAUUAUUAGAAUUGGACGAUAGUGAUAGAUGAAAGUCAUUAAGAGUCAUUAACAAAUUCAUAGAUGAAAGCCUUUUUCAAUUUUCAUCACGAGAUUCAGCAGUAAACCGAUAAUCUUGUAAUGCCAAAAAUCUGACGAAUGUACUUGACUACUAAUAGAACGCGAACAAGACGUGCAUCACAUGAGUCAAAUUCACACAGAAAAAAAUAAUGACGUCGUAUUAAGUUGACUAAUGUUGAUUUUUUUGAUCCUCAUCCUAAGGAUCGAAUGUACAGAUCAAGCUGAACACUAUUUACCCAUUCUUGUCGUGUGUCAAGAAUGUCAUGUGCCAAGAAGGGACAAUUUACUAGCAAGGUCUACACAAGGAAGACAAUUUACACAUGAUUACCAAGAAGGGGAAUGUACAUAGUAGACGUCAUAGACCACCCGAUUAGCCAACACGAGUUUCUCAUGUACAUUGUCGUGUGUCGAAUAUGUCAUAUUUAGUAUUGAGAUCAGAUGAAAUUCUGAGGCUAAACACCCAGGCACUAGAAGAUGUUCCUCAGUAGCAUCAGAGUUCUUAUCUUUCGACGCAGAGUGCAUGCUCAAGCAACGUUAUCCUUGCAUCUGUCAUGCCCUACAACUAGGAGAUGGACGCGAG